UCACACUAUACGAACUACGUAUAUUGUAUUGUUUUUCAAAUUUAGGCACCGUUUAUGCAAAGGGUCUAUUAGUCUUCAGAAACGCAUUAGAAGCAAUGCUUUAUAAGAUUUGUAGAGGAAGGCUUAACAGGUCAGCGAAACUAAAUCUGUGGAAAAGAGUUUGAAGAACUUCUGAAGAAGGAACAAGAAUUGUAAAGAAUAGAGAAGCGAACUACUUACAAGGACCAAAAGAAGGAACCGUGUUCUAGAACCGAGCUGCUGGGAGAAAUUUGGUCAGCCGCCAUAGUGUUCCAGAUAGUGCUCUAAAAUAGGUGUGGGGCGUGGUUUUGACAAUUCCAGAAAUCAGGGACAGGUCAUUACAUUGUAUUCUUGGGAAAAACAUUUCAUUGGUAAAGCCGCUCUCACCACCCCCGGUCACCACUUUUUAGCACUUAGGCUAAAAAUAGUCACUGCUAAACUGUUGGGGUAGCCUAGAAGGGAAUGGCGGAGAGUUAGCGACCACCAACCGUCUAUACAGACACCUGCCAUCUUCCCUUGAACGGGAAUGAUCGCGUGACGAGCCAUAAGGGAGUGGACAAAAAAUUACUUACCCACGAUACGAUACGACAACUUUAUUUAUACACGGUAUUUCCAUCGGUCUUGCGACAGAUUUGAAUGCCAUCUUUGGCUUACAAGUAUUUGUAUUCUACAGUCUAAUAAGUUGAGGUUUGCCGCGGCACUGAUCACCAGGAACUCAUAACAUUCCGCGCGCGGUAAAUUACUUGGAAGUAUCUUACCGAAACUUCUCCUAGACUUUCUAAAAGUCCUUUCAUAUUUACAUUGUUAAUUUUCAAAACUCCUCUAUGACCUCUAUUCCAAACACUUGAUGUCGACAGUUACCAUAGAUACAUGAUUAGGGCGGUCCCUCAGGGAAAUACUUACCUCUGUUAACACAAAAAUGAGUUUGAUUUGCACAAGAAUGAACCUUUGGGCGGAACACAUUUUCAUAUGAAUGGUUUCGCACGAAGGCUCGUUUUAACUCAGAGACAAAAGACAACUCGGAAGCGGCCCAUUUAUCUGUACAGUAAAUGGAAGGCGAAGGCAUUGCAAGAAAAGUCACACUGAACGAUGGCAAUAAAAUGCCAAUAUUUGGUUUGGGAGUGUACAAAGCCAGCCCGGAAGAGACUGUCAAAGCGGUGAAGUUUGCUUUGCAUAGCGGAUAUCGGUUGAUCGAUACCGCAGCUUUCUAUCGAAAUGAAGCUGAAGUUGGACGAGCAAUCAAGGAGUCAGGGGUAAAACGUGAAGACGUAUUUGUGGUGACCAAGCUUCAGAAAGCAGGCCACGGGUAUGAUGAAUGCUUGGAGGCUUUCAAUUCAAGUCUAAACAAACUUGAUGUAAACUAUGUUGAUUUAUACUUAAUUCACCAUCCUAAACCUGGAAGAAACAUUGAAUCAUACAAAGCCAUGAUGAAACUCAAGGAACAAGGCCGCAUAAAGUCCAUUGGUGUAUCCAACUUUGGCGUCAAUCACCUAAAAGAGAUGGAAAAGGCAGGGCUACCUACUCCAGCUGUCAAUCAAAUAGAACUGAAUCCAUAUUGGCGCUUGGAAGAAAUUGUGAACUACUGUAAAGAGAGAGGAAUUGCCUUAAUGGGUUACUGUCCAAUAUUUCAAGGCCAGAAGAAUGACGACCCCAUUCUAAUUGAAAUGGCCAGUAGAUACAAGAAAACAGUGCCCCAACUUCUCAUUCGUUGGAGUGUACAGAAAAAUUACAUCACCAUUCCCAAGUCUACAAAACCAGAAAGAAUUUUAGAAAACACCAAUGUUUUUGAUUUCACUAUAAGCGACAAGGAUAUGACAACUUUGAAUGCAAUGCCAACAGAACAAUGCAUUAAACAAUUGGCGAAUAUGACAGAAUGUCCUUGGAAAGGAUAGAAGCUGGUUCACUUGAUAAUUGAAUUCUUGAUACUCCAAGUUAUUUAACCGUUUUAGUUUCCUUGCUUGUCUGAAAAUAACAAGUUCUAAAUAAACGAGUAUUGUUAACCAGUGAGCUAUCAACUGAGCUCAUCCCAAGAUAAUUUAAACUAUGUAUAAAAAUGACAGAAUGUUGUCGGCUUGAAAGUUAUCUAUUUUUUGUACUGAUAGGACAGUACAAACAUUCUGAGAACCAUUCACAAAUUUAAUAUUCGUGUGUGUGAAUGAGCUACUUGGAAUUCACGAUUAACGAUUCAUGCAAGCUAUUCAAGUUUAAUUUGAAGCCUGCUUGAAAUUUUGCUACACAUAAGUACAUUACAGUGAAUAAGAAGUGGCCAUUACAGAUACAAUUUUGUUCUUUAAUGGCAGUGUUUAUCUACACUAGUUCAUAGCUCUACUUUGCUGUGCACUUUAGCUAUGAGCAGGAAGAGUAAAACAGAGCCAUGGUCUGUUUUGAAAAGGAAAUUCUCCAAAUUGGUGUAUUGGUUUUUUAAGAUUGCUGAUAAGAGUUUCCAGCUAUUUACAUCACUCACACUUUGAUGAAUCAAAAUACGGUGUUGGACCACCCUUUGUCAGAUUAUGCUAUGUGUAGCUACAAUAAUGGCAUCACAUGAUGCCUUGUAAAGAAGCUAGAAUGAUCAUCCUUUUUAUGUAACAGGUUAUCAUUGCAACAAUACAACCUCCUAAAACACCCUACCCUUUAGCGUUAAGAACUUAUACUGACAGUGUAACUCAAACCAAGCUCAGUGACCUCCAUCAAAUGGAGGUCACUGAGCUUGGCUUUGUACUGUGGAAUUGUAAUCGGCAUGAUAAAAUACAACAUGUCAUAAAGUAUAGAAAAAUUCUGUCAAAAAUGGCUCAGGGGGUUAAGAUGUCUCUGAACACUAUCAACAGAACUUUUUGAAACUUGCAAAAAGUUGUUUCUUAACAUGCUUAUUACAAUUUGACAAGAAAAAUAGGGUCAGAGAGCUCAUUCUUGAGUUAUACCCUGUAGGCACUGUAUCUGCUGGAAAGUGAUGAAAACUGUCACCAGCCACCUUGACUUCAGCUGGAGUGCUCUGAUUUUAUGUGGUAUUCAAAAGAAAGAAAUAGUUUAGUUGAUUUCAUAUUGUGAUGUUGACCAAGUAAGUGCAUAUGCUUCUAUAUUGAUUCUUCCUUGUCCCCCAUAAGAAGGCAACUGGGAUGACCACCAUGUACUUUAUGCUAGCCUGUCCAUGGAGAGUCUGUGACAUUCCCCAUUAAAGCGCACUGUUCUGUGGGCAUGUUAUCCUGCAAUGUGUAAUGAAUGAAUAUUGUAUUUAAUAAUUAUUGUUGUUACAUGUACUGUGGGAAAUAAAUAAAGAUGUAAUGUACAUCAUAACUAUUAACUGUAUUAUUACAAUAUUAUACAUGUAUACUAGCCUCCAUUUGAGGAACUGAUAAUGGCCAAGGACGAAAUUAUAUCGACUAAUGGAGGCCAUUGUGAAUACUAAUUAUCCUUCAAAUAUUUUUUGCAACAUGGGAAUGUAAUCACUUGCUGAAUAUUCCCCAGCUUUAUAUUAGCUGGAGUAUAUUCA